AUGGAGAAGAAAAGCACUGCAAGAAGAGCACACUGCUUGGUGUUAGUGUUCCCUGCUCAAGGCCACAUCAACCCCAUGCUUCAGUUUUCCAAGUUGUUGGAGCGUCAAGGGGUGAGAGUAACGUUUGUCACAACAGUUUUCUGCGCCAAGAGUCUGCAGAAAGUGCCUCCUUCCAUUGCACUUGAAACCAUUUCUGAUGGGUUUGAUGAAGUUGGCUACCCAGGUGCUUCUAGCCACAAGGCCUACAUAGAUAAAUUUUGGGAAGUAGGGCCACCAAAUUUGGCUGAGCUUCUUGAGAAACUUGGUAGAUCAGAAGAUGAUCAUGUUGAUUGUGUUGUCUAUGAUUCAUUCUUUACAUGGCCACUAGAUGUUGCAAAGAGAUUUGGGGUAGUUGCUGCUGCUUAUCUCACUCAAAACAUGACUGUGAAUAACAUAUACUAUCAUGUUCAGACGGGAAAGUUGCAGGUUCCUUUAGUAGAGCACGAGAUUUUCCUCCCCACCUUGCCUAAGCUCCAACCUCAGGACUUGCCUUCUUUUUUCCUUACAUAUGAACAAGACCCAUCUCUGAUUCAGUUUGUCGUGUCUCAGUUCUCCAACAUCCACAAAGCUGAUUGGAUCCUAUGCAACACUUUCUACGAAAUGGACAAAGAGAUUGUAGAUUGGACCAUGAAGAUUUGGCCUAAGUUUAGAUGUAUUGGACCAAAUAUACCAUCUUUCUUCUUAGAUGAGCAAUAUGAAGAUGAUCAAGAUUAUGGAGUGACAGAAUUGAAGAGGGAUGAAUGCAUAGAAUGGUUAGAUGAGAAGCCAAAAGGGUCUGUUGUUUAUGUAUCAUUUGGGAGUAUAGCUACCUUUGAGGAGGAGCAAAUGGAAGAACUAGCUUCUUGUUUGAAAGAGUGUUCUCAUUACUUUCUGUGGGUGGUUAGAAAAUCUGAAGAGAAAAAGCUCCCUAGAGAUUUUGAGAAGAAGACAGAAAAGGGUUUUGUAGUGACAUGGUGCUCACAGCUGAGAGUCCUGGCUCAUGAGGCUGUAGGAUGUUUUGUGACACACUGUGGUUGGAAUUCCACGUUGGAAACUUUGUGCUUAGGAGUCCCAACAAUCGCAAUACCAUUUUGGUCAGACCAAAGCACAAAUGCAAAGCUCAUGGAAGAUGUUUGGAAGAUUGGAAUUAGGGCUCCCAUUGAUGACAAAAAGCUUGUGAGAGGAGAAGCACUGAAGCAUUGCAUCAGAGACAUAAUGGAGAAUGAUAAAGGGAAGGAGAUGAAAAACAAUGCCGUCCAAUGGAGUAAUUUAGCUGUGAAGGCUGUCAGAAAUGGUGGAAGCUCUCACAAAAAUCUUCUAGAAUUUAUAAAUAGCUUGUUUCAUUAA